AUGAUGAAUGACAACGAGCAGCAGGAUUGGACAUGUCCUUUCAAGCAAACCGCCGUGGCUGCCAUGCCAGUCGAUGAUAGUGCAUUGCUGGAUAUACCCAAUGUCUCGAGAUCCAUGCAACUGAAUCUGCCCAGAUCGAAUUCAUUGGACAAGCUAUACUAUUACAGUAAUAAGAAAAACGACACCUUAAAAAGCUUGUUUCCACCUUCUGGCUACGAUGACUCCGACUCAGACGAAGACGACAAUGACAAUGAUCAGCAAGUGCAGCUAUUACGGUCUUUUACUGUGGGGUCAAAGCAUAUCACCCACCACAGAGAGAUCUGGAAAUGCUCAACAUCCACAGCGACAUCCAAUAGCGCUCAUCCAGAUACCACACAAGCCAGCAAGAAACCGCCUGUAUUGAAUCACGAGAUUCGUAUCUCCAACGAGCAUGGUACAAUUCAUGCAAUCACUACCAGAGGUUCUCUUAUUGUAGCAGGUACAAGCCAUUACAACAUUCAGUCCUACAACAUCAAGCAGGUAGCAGAGAGUCUGUUCAACACAAUAGAAGCAGUGCCUGGCCAACCGCAAGAGCCUACCACGGGUGCCAUUCGAUGCAUCUGCUUCUCUGCGCAUGCCAAUGACAUGAUCUGGGCUGGCACAGAUAGCGGAUCCCUUUUGGCCAUCGGAACACAGUCGAACAGGGUUAUCAGCAAACGAGCAGCCAUGCACUCAUCAGCCAUCACAUUCAUGCUGCAACAUCGCAACAUUGAACUAUGGACACUGGAUGACAGUGGAUGUCUCAACAUUUGGUCUACAUCACCACACGGCAUCGAUCUAGCAAAAGCAACGCCUCAGCAAUUCACUGUUACCAAAAGCCCCAAAACUGCAGUUUUGAGUUCAACCAGAUCAAGUACCCUGUGGCUAUCAUCGGGUACAUGCAUAGACAAGUUUGAUAGUUCGACCGCUAUGCUGGUACCUGUUAUCCCUAUACCAGCUGAUCUCGGAGAAUUGAUUCAACUGUUUACGCUUCCGUUUCAUCAUAACCUGCUAUUUGCAGUGCAUCUCGAUGGCCAAAUUACAGCUUGGGAUGAAACCACUUUUGAACAAACCCAAUGUGUCUCUGUUGUGGCUUGCAUGGAUAAACUGACGGCGAUAGUGCCAGUGGGUGAUUUUUAUGUGUGGGCUGGUUUUCGCAAUGGCAUGGUGGCUGUGUACGAUACCCGAACGGAGCCCUGGUUGGUCAUCAAGAUGUGGAAGGCACAUAAAAAUGCCAUUGCAAAAUUUGCGGUAGACGCAUGCUCGAUCUCUGCAUUCAAGCCUGUCAUUUCUGUAGACUCGUUGGGCCAUAUUGCAAUUUGGGAUGGAUUAUUAUCAGAGUAUUGGCUAGAGGAGCAAUUGGUGGCUCAUAUGGCCGAUUACUGCGAUUUUAAUGAACUCAAGACUAUGAUAUGCUCUUGGAACAUGGAUGCCAUCAAACCUGAUGCCUUGACAGAUACAGAUAGAGAAAAGAUACACGAGUGGUUAAAUGGCAUGGCAGACCCUGAUAUCAUUAUGGUGGGGAUCCAGGAAAUCGUCGACUUGAACUCCAAGACACUGACUGCCAAAUCAUUUUUAUCGCUUAACCGAAAGAUUGAAACUAUUGAAGAAGCAGAUGAGCUCUUGACACAUCGCUACAUGCUGUGGCAUGACUACCUGACCUCGGUGGUGGACACUAAUUUUGGAAAGAACAUGUACAAAAUCAUCAAGACAGACCAAAUGGUGGGAUUGUUCAGUUGUAUCUUUGUCAAGACAAAGUUGGAAGAGCGCAUUCGUCACUGUGAUAGCAAUGCCGUCAAAACUGGCUUUCGAUUGAUGAACAAAAGCUUGCACGGCAACAAAGGUGGCAUUGCGACUCGACUGAUCAUUGACGAUACAUCCGUUUGCUUUGUCAACUGUCAUUUAGCUGCUGGUCAGUCCAAUGUUUUGACUCGCAAUGUAGAUGUCGAUGGCAUUCUCCAUUCCGCUCGGUUUCCUGUACCUGCAUCCACAACACUAGACGCAUUCAAGCCCGACUCGGAUGGCACCAGCAUAUUAGAUCAUGACACCUGCUUUCUUAGCGGCGAUCUGAACUAUCGCAUUGGUAUGAAGCGAGAUCAAGUACUAGCGCUCUUAGCAGCAGAAUCGCACAACAAAUUCGAAGCAUGGGAAACAUUACAGCAAGAAGAUCAAUUAAAAAAGCAAUUAGCACUAAACCCAAUGUUUCGCCUAUUUGGCUUUAAAGAACCGCCCAUCCUGUUUGACCCUACCUACAAGUACGAUCAAGGUAGCGAAGUCUAUGAUAGCUCAGAAAAGAAGCGUAUACCUGCUUGGUGUGAUCGUAUCUUGCACAGGGGUCCUGCUUCCAUGAGUAACAUCUAUUAUCGUCGUCACGAGGUAAAGGCCUCAGAUCAUCGUCCUAUCAGUGCUGGUUUUACAAUUCAUGCAAAAACGGUGUGUCAGAAUAGAUUGGAUCAAGUGAAAACUCGACUGACAGAAGAAUGGCAGCACUCUCUGGAAGAAAAUCUACAAAGCAAAAAAAUACAGCAUAUCACCCGCUACGAUUUAUGUGAUGAGAAUGAAGCACGGUAUCGAUUAGAGAAAGUAGAUUGGGAUGUAGGCCAAGUAGUAGUAGACUUGUAUCGUGAUAAAGGGGAUUGCUUAAAUUAG